AUGUCUAGCACUUCUGUACCGCAGAGAAGAAUAUUGAGUCAAAAAGACAUUGAAUUGUGGCUCAAAUGCGACGGAUAUAAGGAUUACUUGAAUUUCAUUAAACAGUUGAAUGAAUUCGCGAAAGGAGUCCACGAAAGAGGUCUCAACCGAAGACAAGGGGUGACCGAAGAGGUGUUGGUCCGUGUGGUGACACUUCUGGACAAACUGUCGGCACUGGUCGAUGAGGUGAAGCCGUUGGACGACGAUAAGGACCAGAGGUUUGGCAACAAAGCCUUCAGAGUUUGGUUCAGUCGUAUGGAGACAGAAGUGGACGAAGAGCUGAUCCUCGUGUUGGGCGCAGAGGACGCCACAGAACUGAAGCCAUAUUUGAUGGACUCGUUUGGCAAUCAGCAGCGCAUCGACUAUGGGACGGGACAUGAGAUGUGUUUCGUGGUAUUCCUCAUGGGUUUAUAUAAACUCAAACUCAUCGACACUCGCGAUGAAGUGCUCGACAAAGAAGUGGUGCGGCGUCUGAGCCACGAGUUGUUGACCAUCUUCUCAGUCAUAUAUCUGCCACUCGUUCGCAAAAUCCAGUUGCGGUACAACUUAGAGCCGGCCGGAAGUCACGGCGCCUUCUCGUUAGACGACUUCCAGUUCCUUCCGUUUUACUGGGGGUCCGCCCAACUCGUGGGUCACCCCCACGUCGAACCCCAUUCCUUCCCCGACCCGCAGGUGGCUCUCAAAUACAAAGACGACCUCAUGUUCUAUACGGCCAUUCAGUUCAUACACGAAGUCAAAAGAGGACCCUUUGCUGAGCACUCGAAUCAGUUGUGGAAUAUCUCUGGAGUGGACGACUGGUCCAAAAUAAACCGCGGAUUACUGAACAUGUAUUGCAAGGAAUAUUUGCCCAAAUUUCCUAUCGUUCAGCACUUGGUCUUCGGGGACCGGGAUGAUGUGGGAGGCGUGUACUUAACUAAAACAGAAUUCAGAACACUUCCAGUGAAUGCAGAGGAAUCUACUUCUGAAUGUGUGGACACAACUUGUUUUAAUGUUGACCCACAAGAAGCCGGUGUCUCAUCGCCACUGAUCGCCAAAUUUGAAUAUCAUAUCGUUUAUAGUAUCAGUUAUUCAGUUCCUGUCCUAUACUUCACGGUCACUAAAACAGAUGGAUCAUUGGUUCAAAUCGAAGACAUUUGGAAAUGGAUCCCUAAGUUUUACUUAUCGGAAACAACAAGUGAUGCCACGAACGACAUAUCCAUUCUCUACCAAAAAUAUGGUUCAAUGUUAACACAAAUGGAACACCCAAUACUGAUGCGGCCCUUCUAUGCCAUCCAUCCCUGCCAUACAUCCACUUUAAUGAAGAAUAUAUUUGUUGGCAAACAUUGCGAUCAAAAUAAACUGCCUCUGAAUGCAGACAACUAUUUAAUCAGUUGGUUGAGUAGUAUCGCACCCAUAGCUGCCCUCCAUAUGAAACCCGAAUAUGGGACACGACUUAACGAUUGAGUUAUUUCGCAAAAAACC